AUGGCUGGCUCUAAGACCGAUGCGCGCACCAAGGGAGAGAACAUCCCCAUUGCAGGAGUAACUUCUCCCUCUGACUUCUUCCAAAAGAUGACUGGUUAUACUGGCAGUCUUGUGCCCAUUGGGGAGGAUAUGCGUCCUGAUACGAGCUCGGACAGCGGAACCGAUGCUGACGCUGUCGCCCCUCGUGGAGAGCUCGUUCAGUUCUCUCAAACACGACUCGACAGAGAAAAGGGCGAACUCAAGGAGGCCAUUGAUGAGGUCGCAGAGCUGAAUCCACCUCGAAAUGGAAAACCUCUGACCUUGGCCGAAAUCAACCGAUGGGCGGAUAAAAACAUCACUCAAGACGCCCGUGAGCGUCGACCUUGCGCAAGCAUCCGUGAAAACUGGCUUGACCCAGAGGAUCUCCGAAAAGCGAGAAUCGGACCGGGAACCAAAAUCGACGACAGAGUUUAUCGGAAGCUUGCGCACCCUCGCCUCGCUGCAAAAACCGAAGAGACUCAGCCGGAAACAGUCGCUCCAGAUGAUGAAGACGAUUUGAGCAUGGACUUGGAUCAAGCUUGGAAGCGGAAGCGAGUUGGCACUCCCGAGUACCUUGGUCAAUGGACUACAUACCAAGCGUCCCCUCCCAUGUAUCCCAAAAUCACCAAUGGGGUACUUUCGAUGAGUUCUUCAUCCCCUGGAGGCAUCUUUGACCACAAGCCGAUGCCAUCCAAGGUCGAGAAUCCAGAGCCUUACGAACAGCACGAGUUUAAGUCCAACUGGGGCUUUUGGCCUUCAAACCACUAUGAUCCGACAUGGUUUCGCGAACAGUUCUUCGCGUGGGUCGCCAAUCUUCCAAGCCCAGGCCACUCAGUGGAUAUCUUUCACGCUGCGUUCUUCGAUGGAACUGCCUCCCCGGAUGGCGGUUCUGCAAUGAUGAUCAUGAGAGAAAAGCAUGGUAUUUGUGACCGAGUUACCGAGGAUGAGCAAACUCGCCUUCAUUGGCAUGAGACAUCCGCCGGAUACAUCUGGAACGUCAGAACUCAGAUGAAGGAACAAGCCAUGAUUCAGAUCCGGCAAUCGCGAAGAACGAUGGCAAUCCGAGGUACCCUGGGGCCAUCGACACAGCGGCUUCAUCACUAUCUUAUCCUCCGCCCUGGAGAGCCCGAUGAUGCCGAACAUCUUCUUCCUUUGUUCAACUGGUACGCGGAGAAUACGACCUUUGUUGCAAGUACAACUCCGUUCACCCAAGCCGGGAUCCAACGCCUCAUCCAGAAUUGUCGUGAUUGGAAGCUGCCUUUCAUUGUUGCUGUUCCAGACAGAAGAGUCGAGGUCCUUGAGAGGCGACCCGACGAGCCCGAGAUCCUUGGGUUUGCCUAUGUCAAAAGAUUCAAUGACGAGCCUUCGACUGGGGAGGUUCGAGUUUUCGUGGACCACACAUGCAAGAAACUUCACAUUGGAACCGGACUAGUUGACAUGAUCAUGCGUACUUGUGAUACUCGCCAGAGUCCCGAUGGUUACCGUCCGUACGAAUUCAAGCUUAGGGAAAACUUGAAUUAUGGUGACGGCUACCAGUGCAAUCUCACUAGCCUGGUUUUUGCCAUCGCGUAUGAGCCCUCGAAGGAGGGUAAAUACAGAUGGGUCAGAAGCUGGCUUAUGAGGAGGUUCAAAUUCGAGAACUUGGGUCAUAUGAAGAGUGGCAGAGUGAAGUUUGGCCAUCGUCUCAAUGUGUGGCUGCUUUCUCGAGGAGUGUGGUCCGGCAAUCCCCAUAUCGGCAAAGGGGGAUUUGAAGUCUGA